AAAAUUCAAUAUUUGAUUCAAGCUUUCCCACACAAAGUCCAACUAUAAUAAUCCCAUCCUGAUCGGAAAAAGAAUUGAAAUAAUAAAAUUCUGUCGUAGUAUGAUGAGCACGAAAUGUUGAAGAAUAUAAAUUUGUGGUUCGAUAUUACUCGAAAUUCCAUUGAAUGGCUCAAGCCAUUUCCCUCUCCAUCACCACCGCCUUCAUCCUCUUCAACUCAAAGCCACUCCAAAAAAGCCAUGAAUUUCUUCGAGUUCCCACUCUUCAACGAUGAGAAUCACGACGAAGAGGGAGAAAGUUACGUGUACGAGACGAUCCAGUGUUUGCCGCUUCUCAGCAGGUUCGCGGCGGAGAAGAAGGAGGUGAAGGAAGAGGAAGACGACGGGAGAUUGAAUGAGAAUGUGGCGGUGGCUCUGCACAUAGGGUUGCCUGAUAUAGGAGAGAUUGAUGUUGAUCGCGACGACGAGGAAGAGGAGGAGGAGGAGGAAUAUUCGAUGAAGACGAAGACGAAGACGCAGAUGAAGAUGAAGAUGAAGAUGAAGAGCUCUUCUAAUGGUGAGAGGAGAUUUUGGAUCCCAACUCCAGCACAGAUUCUUGUUGGGCCCAUGCAGUUUUCUUGCAACAUCUGCAGCAAGACCUUCAAUAGAUACAAUAACAUGCAGAUGCACAUGUGGGGCCACGGGUCGGAGUUCCGGAAGGGGCCGGAGUCCCUGCGGGGGACGCAGCCGGCGGCAAUGCUGCGGCUGCCGUGCUACUGCUGCGCGGCGGGGUGCAAGAACAACGUGAACCACCCGCGCGCGAAGCCGCUCAAGGACUUCCGCACGCUGCAGACGCACUACAAGCGCAAGCACGGCGCGAAGCCGUUCGCGUGCCGCAAGUCGUGCGGCAAGUCCUUCGCCGUGAAGGGCGACUGGCGCACGCACGAGAAGAACUGCGGCAAGCUCUGGUACUGCACCUGCGGCUCCGACUUCAAGCACAAGAGGUCCCUCAAGGACCACAUCAGGUCCUUCGGCAAGGGCCACGCGCCCCACCCUUCUCUCCACGCCUUCGACGCCGCCUGCUCCGACGACGACCUCACCGCCUAGCCGGGCCCUCGUGUCGUCGCCGUGUGUCGUGUUUUAAUUUUGUAGUUUUUAUUUUUAUUUUUAUUGUAUGGUGUUUGUUGCGAGUGCUCGGCAGCAAAACAUUCUCUCGCCCGCGUGUGAUUAGUUCGGUUGCAUGCACGAGGCGGAAUGAGGGGAGCGGUUUGCUGCUGAGCACUCGUUUGUUCGUGUCGUGUUCGUGUUCGCGUUUUUCAUUUCAUAAGGAGAUCUUCUACAAGUUGUGAAGCUGAUGAAUUUUUUUUUCCUUGGUAUUUGUGGGAGGAAAUUUGCCAGCUUCAAACUAUGUUGAUGUUGUAAUCUUGCCUUUUUUUAUAAAAAAAUUAAGUUCAUGUUU